AUGGGCUUCGACGAUACCGCCAUAGAUACAGAUGGAGUCACCGUCACCGAUAUGGACGACUGGACACCGAAGCAAUCCGAGACCAUCGUGGAGUCACGGCAGCUGACGAAAAAACAGUUGUCUGAUAUGGCAUGGAAUGUACGAAAGUUGUCGAAGAAGCUGGAUAGCAUCAAACUCAAGCUUUCUGUCAAGAAUGUCUUUGUGGUGACGAAAGCGGGCGAUGAUAGCGUGAUUGCUUUUACGAGGAAGCUCACGCAAUGGUUAUUGUCUAAAGACCGUGAUACGGAGUACAACGUCUACGUGGAGAGACGACUGGAAGCGGCUGCAGAUUUCGGUGCUUCUCAAUUGCUGGAGGAUGAACCUUCCGCGGCAGGGCGGCUCAAGUUCUGGGAUAAUAAGUUUGUGUACGAGAAUGCCUAUCUCUUUGACUUCGUUAUUACACUGGGUGGUGAUGGGACCGUUCUUUAUACAAGCUGGCUCUUCCAGCAAGUAGUACCACCGGUCCUCUCUUUCUCGCUGGGAUCAUUGGGAUUCUUAACCAAGUUCGAUUUCAAUGACUACCAGAAGACACUUGGAUCCGCAUUUAAAGACGGUGUUGCCGUUAGCCUGAGAUUACGAUUUGAAUGCACAAUUAUGAGGAGUAAUGGGCGAGAAGAUGGAUCUUUAACGCACGCGAAGAAACGAGAUUUGGUAGAAGAGCUGAUCGGCGAAGAAGUUGAAGGCACGUUAACGCACAAGCCGGAAAAAGUUGUUCAAAUUUUGAACGAUGUCGUGCUCGACCGGGGCCCAAAUCCCACAAUGUCCUCCAUUGAGUUGUUCGGCGACGAUGAGCAUUUCACUACUCUGCUCGCAGACGGUGUCUGUAUCGCUACACCUACGGGCUCGACGGCGUACAACCUUGCCGCUGGAGGAUCUCUAUGCCACCCUGAUAACCCCGUUAUCCUGGUCACAGCGAUCUGCGCACAUACACUGUCUUUCCGACCGAUCAUACUGCCCGACACCAUCGUUCUAAGAAUGGGCGUGCCCUAUGAUGCACGCACUAGCUCGUGGGCAAGCUUCGAUGGUCGGGAAAGAGUUGAAUUGCACCCAGGUGACUACGUGACUGUUUCCGCCUCACGGUACCCAUUCGCAAAUGUGUUACCACAAGAUCGACGCAACAAUGAUUGGGUCCACAGUAUUUCAAAGACAUUAAACUGGAAUUCAAGGCAAAAGCAAAAAGCUCUCAAGGGAUGA